AUGCAGCCGACGCAACAGCAAGAGACGGAGCUUACUAAUGCAUUGGCCGCGGACACGACCCGCGCUUGCUUCAAGUCUUUUCAGUUAUGUAUUGAAGCACUCAGUGGUGAGGACAAGAACUACCUCGAGGCACGCUUUGCGGACCUGAAACUCUGGGCUGAUAGCGUGGGCGCCCUGGCUCAUGGAAAGGCGUCGCUAGACUGGCGACUCAGCGGGCGGCAACGAGAUAUAGUCCUCGUCACCAGCCUACUAGGUAUGCUUGGCCAAUUCUUGGAGAACUACAAGACGGCGGUCUUCGAGUUCGGCAACGAAGAAAAAUUGCAUGAGGCCAAAGCUGGGAUCGACGAGAUGACAGAUAAUCUGGCGUGGAUUGGCUCUACCAUUCGCCGGUCUGGUACUAAAUCACGGCUUCAGAAAGCAGAUAACUCCUUCGAGCAUGACAGAGCCGGAAAAGAUAAAUGGCACUGCGAUCAGUUGCGAGCACAUCUGAUCUGCAUGAUGAAAGCCAGACCCUCUGAGACUGCCAGUUCCGCAGAUUACCUCAUGGAUUACCAUAACAUGGAGCUCAAAGGAAUACAGAAUCGGCUAGUCGAAGCCAAUCUACGCCGCUGGCACCGAUUUCGACACGCUCAAUCUCACUCCAAUGUACUCAGAACACCGAGAGCCGUUCAAAGCAUGCCGAUACAUGUUAUACAAGACGCCAGUGCGCCUGAUUCUGCGCCUGACUCUGCGCCUGAUUCUGCGACAGAUGUAAUCAGCACCUCUGAGCCGCGUAUCACUAUUGCUGCCGCAAGACAGAGAAAAGAGAUCAACGACGAAGACGAAACUCGAACAACAGCUGGGCUCUCAGCUUCAGCAUUCGGUACUGAAUAUAAAGGACUCGAAGGCCGAUAUAAUCGACAAGCAAAGUCUACAAUGUCCCGAAUCAGUACCAUCACUGGAUCCGCCCGAUUUCCGAAAGCCAAGAAGCAAUCAAUUCAUCGGAAGACAUUGUUAUGUCCUUGUUGCUGCCAGGCCAUACCACUGGAAGAAGCCGAGGAGCCGGAUCUGUGGGCGUAA